AUGAAGUCAACGUGUCAACCAGCUUGGAUAGCCGCCCGUACUAGGCAAAUUAUUUGCAAUUGGCUCGUAUGGAGGUCAACAAGCGAAUAUGGGAAAUUUGAUCCUGGGGUGAAGCUCAUCUGUGUUGUCGCCGUGAGCAGCUUGGCGGCCUCGGACAGCGGCGCCGCGUCCGUCGACACGCAGUCGUCGCCGCUAGUCAUCGCAGGCCAGGAGCGGGGGAGUGAGCGAGGAGGACUUAGGGCUGGAGCCAGCGGCAGCGGCGGCGGCAUCCCCCGUGUCCGCUCCCAUGCGGUGUUCCUUAACGACGCGGAGGGGGAGGAGGGCCAGGAGGUGGGGGAGGAGCGGAUUAUCGUGCCGAAGCAGAUCAGCCUGGUCGCCGGAAGUCCGGACCUGCAGUACGACAUGGGCUGUUUCGCUUUACAGGGAGUAUCGUCUAGGAUGGAGGAUCGGGUGCUGACGUACGACUUGUCGUACCACCCACACUUCAGCGGCUGCCGAAGGGCGGUGCUGAUCGCUGUCCUGGAUGGCCAUGCUGGCAGCGGCGCGGUGUCAUUUCUGGAAGGAGUCAGCGGAACGGCGGCGGAUAUGGCGGCGGCGGCGGCGGCGGUACCCACAGUGGGGGCGGAUGCGAGGGGACGAGAUGUGGCGGCGGCAGGCGGAGUGUACGGAACGGCAACGGUGGCUGUACGGGGUUCGGAGCCGGAGGAGGUUACCGCGAUGACGAUGACGGCGGGCGCUCCCCGGGUGUCAUCUAGCGUCAGCAUGGAGUUCCGUACAGGGGGACAGGGAGCGUCGUACGACUGGGACCCACCUGACGCGUCGUCAUCGUACUGCUUGGACGAGUGGCCUGCGGCGGUCGACGUUGAUAAUGAUGGUGAUGGGGAGUAUGACGGCAAUGAGGAGGGCCUGUACGGCGACGGGGACGAAGGCACCCCGCCGUGGGCGCCGCCGUUGUUCCAUUCGGCGGCGGAGGAGCGGCGGCGGACAUCUCUGGCUGCGUACGACAGCGGGUGCGGAUGUCAACCGCCAGAUCCGCCCGCGGCGCUGCGCAACGCACUGCUGCGGUGCGAGCGGGAGCUCAUGGACCAGGACUGCCACAGCGGCAGUACGGCGCUGGUGGCGCUGAUGCUGGGGCCCAGUCUGUGGCUGGCCAAUGUGGGCGACUGCCGGGCAGUGGUGUGCGACGACGGAGAGGCCAGGCAGCUUACUGUGGAUCACAAGGCGGGUACGGGACGGGCUGAUGCGGCGGAUGCGGUGUGCGGGGCGGCCCUUGUGGAGCGGCAGAGGUUGCUGUCGCUGGGGGUGCAGCUCAGCUCCGACGGGUACCUGCAGGUUACUGCCCCCGAUGGAUCCUGUUCCGACAUCGCCGUCAGCCGCAACCUGGGCACAUGCAACACCCACACGCCGCACAACGCCCUCCCAGCCGCGGAAGCCGCGGCCCAAGGCACUCCACCGGCAGCGGCGGCGCCGGCGCCGGCGGCGCUGCCGUACGGAUCAGCGCCAGUGACCUUUCCGCCGGGGCGGUUGGCGGCAGUCGCAACGGAAGUGCUGGAAGUGGGGAGUGGGCAUUGCGACAUCAGUACCCGUAUCCUCCUCCUCCUCCUCAUCAUCAUCAUCAGCAGCAGCAGCAUCAGAACCGGCAGGGGCAGGGACAGACAACGCAGCAGCAGCAGCAGCAGCGGCACCGUUACGGAUCGGCGCCGGGUUCAGUUUCCGGAUCAGUUUCCGCGGGGCUUGAAGAGCUGGGGGGGCACCAGCACCAGCACCAGCAGCAGCACCACCAACGACAUCAUCAUCAUCAUCAUCAUCAUCAUCAUCAUUAUCAAGAUCAAGAUCAACUGGAUAAUCACCGCCUCCCCCGCCAUCACCAACAACACGGCGGCGCGCAACACCAGCCCCCAGCAAGUUACCAAACACCAACAACGGCGCCAGGGCCAAGGUCAACACCAGCUGUAUAACUCGCAACAGAGCACCGCGGGCUGCAGAUUCGAGAGCUGCAGCGACCAGUCCAUCCUGACAUCAUUUCCAGGGCCCAACCACCACAACUACCAAAACCGCACUAACAACCAUAACCAACAGCAACUGCAGCCAGGUCAACAUGGAACAACCGAGCCCAUCAAGGUGGGGGAAGUCAACCUCAACCGUCUUAACGGCAAUAACGACCAUACUCCAACGGCCAUGCCAGGAGCGCUGGGCCAGGUCCAGCCGGAUGCUUCUCCGUCGACGCCAGAAGACCACCGUAUGCCGUACGACUCGCCGACGGGCGUCAGCGGCGGUGGCUCGGAGCAGCUGGGAGCCGUACCGCCGCCGCCGCUGCCGGACCUUCCGCGUAUUAGCACGGGCGUUUCCGGCAGCUCUGUACGAACAUCGCAGCAGCAGCAGCAGCAGCAGCAGGGGCUCAGUCCAAAGCCACCCCGGCCGCCAAGCGGCGGUAGCGGAAGUCUGGGCUGUAGCAGUGGCAGCGGAGCAGGGACGUCGCUUCCAUUUGCAAGCCCGUGGCGGCAGGGCCCAUCUGCACCGCCCCCGCCGUCGCCCGCCGUUCUAGCAGCGGUGGCGGCCGCCGCCUUGCUGCCGGCCGACGGCAGUAGCAGUCCGGAAAGCUCCCAGCCGUCCGCUACUUCCGCCACCGAUGCUUACGCCAGCACCGCCAAUGCUGCUACUGCCGCUGGCGGCGGCGCUGUAGCGCGCGACAACGGUUCGGCACCCGGAUCCAGCCCGGGAUCGCGGCCUGGAUCCGGAACUGGAUAUACGAACGUUCAGCCUAUUGGCGGAUUUGGUCACAGCCUAGGCUUGCCGCCGCUGCCUCCGAGCCCGUCGGUCGGCGGCAUAGGACCAGGCGGCGGCAGCGGCGGCGGGACAUGGCUGACAGCUGGUGUACAGCACUACAGCCACCGCCGCAGCGGCAGCGGCGGCGGCGGACGUGUACGAGAUCACAACGCGAGCCCUUCGUUGCCGUUUUCUCGAGGCCUCCUCGGCGGCGGCGGCUACUGCCGAUUGUCGCCGCUGGAGGAGAGAGGCAGUAGCAGUAGUGGUUUGGAGGGCAUUGGGGCAGGCAGCAGUGGCGGUGCCGGCGGCGGCGCGGGGGAGGAGGACGACGGGAAUACAUUCCUCGGCGUGCGGUCGGCGGACGCCGCUGCUGGCAGCAGCAGCGGAGGCGGUUGCGGCAGAGGUUGCGAUGGCGAUAGUGAACUAGUACGGGAUUUCAUUCGAACUGUCGCUCAGGCCGCUGCCGCCCUGUCUGGCGUGGCCGUUGCCUCCUCCGGAGGCAGCGGCGGCCGCCGCGAAAGUGGCGACGGCGGCCCCGUACUGGCGACAGCCGUGACGUUCAGCGCAUGGACGCGGGACUCCGUGUUCGUACAAUCCGUGUCGGCGGAGCUGGCGGCGGCGGCGGCGGGUAUCCAGACACCGCCUGCGCCGUCGACGCCCCCCGAUGUUACAACCCCGGCGGACAGCACGGCCGCCACUACUCCCCGCGGCGGCGCCACAGCGGCCGUAGCCGCCGCCACCAUCCCUGACGGCGGCGGCCGCCGCCGCCGCAGCUCUAGCAUGUUUGGUUCCGGAGCUGCCCUAUCCGAAGUCAGCGCGGGCGCGUGCAGCUCCGCCGCGGGUGUACUCAUUCCGGAUCCGGUAAGGCCGGAUUUGUUCUACUACGAGAUCAGUCAAGACUCGGAGUUUCUGAUUUGCGGCUGUGACGGGUUGUGGGACGUCAUGCGGAACGUAGAGGCCUGCCGUUACGUCCGCCGAUGGCUGGCUGACGGUUGUAGCGCCGCCGCUGCGGCGGAGGCGCUCUGCCGCACGGCGCUCAAGCUGGGCAGUCACGACAACAUCUCGGUUGUCGUACUGCGGUUCAGCGGGCGCCCGCUGAUGCAAGCAUCAUAUUCCGCAUUGUACGGCAUGUUGUUUUUCCUCAGAAGUCAGAGGGCGCGCAGGGCACCGGAACCCAGACGCGGCCUAGAGAUAUGUGCGUCUCUCGCUCGUGGGCCAGCGGCAGCCAUUAGCUCCUAA